AUGGGAGUUUUAUACUUCAACUCCACUGUGCUCUAUAUCUUUCACAAAGCGCAAAACUUCACUGGUGCCGAGAAGACAAUCUAUGAGGAAUGCAACCAUAUGCCGGCUGUUCUUAUUUGGUAUCUCAGUCUACAGUUCAUGAACAUGUUCCUGGGCAUCCCAGCCAACCUCAUGGUGCUGUGGCAGAUUAACAAAGACAGGAGCGACUCCUCCACCUCCGACAUCUUCAUCAUGCAUCUGGCAGUUCUAGAUUUGUUCUUCUGUCUCAUUCCUCCGUUAGAGCUGGUCAGCAUAGUUUUCCAUACAACCAGCAGCACCUGGUACGUCCUGCGCUUCUUCUAUGGCAUCAAGGACUUCUCGCCACUCUUUCUUUCUUGCAUCUGCCUGGACCGCUAUAUGGCAGUGAUCCACCCUGUCACCUUCACUGAGUUCAAGGACCGUCAUCACAGGAGAGUCCUAGCCUUUGUGGUCUGGGUGAUUAUUCUAGCGUACGCUGCUGCUAAAUGUGUUGGUAACAUUGACAACUUCGAGAUAGUCUUUACAGCAAUGAUCCUCAUGACAUUUGCCUUCAUGGGGUUUUGCAACAUAGUGAUUCUCUGGGCGCUGUGGCGGUCUGGGCCUGGCAGAGAUGACAUGCACCCUGUGAAGAAGAGAGCCUUUAAAAUGGUCCUAAUUAUUCUGGCCAUCAUUGUGUUCAACUACUUCCCACCAGUCGCACUGUUCCCAUUCCAAACCUACUUUUCUUUUGACGUGUUUCGCUGCUACAUUCACUAUAUUGCCUUCGGCUUGAUGGACUUCAGCAGCACCAUACAGCCAUUGCUCUACCUGUCCAAAAGAACCCUAACAUGGAAACCUAACUGUUGCCAGACUAGCGAGACACCUAGUCAGUAG